UUCGCUGCAGCAGCUGCUCCGCUUUAAUACUCCUUCUCUCCGCUUGUAUAUAUUUUUUUUGCUCUCUGCAGAGUCGUGUGUAUGAAGGCUUUGAGAGCGGAUGUCUACACACACACACACACUGGCAGCAGCUAUACGCAGAUGUGUGAGAAAAAAAAACAGGCCUUUGUAUAUUAUGCGCUUCUCGCGUGAUGCGCCUUCGUAGUCUGUGUGCGGGACUCUCGUGUACAUGAGUGUCUGUGUGCCGUGGAGUCGUGCUCCGAGCUGUCUCCCAUACAUCGAAGCGCAACAUUGCACAAGCCAGUGCUGUACGAGUCAGCGUAGUAUAGUAUAGUACGUGAGCUUCGCUGAGCCUGUCUGCAGCUAUCACAACACUUGUUUCUCUCUCCUUCUUAUUAUAUGCACACGCACAGUUCGAUUCACGUUGUUCGAUUCAACGAUCUCCACCUGCACUCAACUCAACGCUUACUACUAUAUAUCUCAAGAUUACUACUGCUGCAAUUCGUUCUACGACCAAGUAAGACAGCAGCAACAACAACAACAACAACAACACAGCGACAACGGCGUGAUCGCACGCAGCAGCAGUGCCUAAUGCGUGGGUUGUCAUACACUUUGUACUUGCUACAGCACUAUCUCGUUUUCUUUUCACCUUUGUCAUUGUGAACGAAAUUCUGGCCCAACGGCGAUUCGUCCGCUCUUCGACGUUUUUAACGCGGAGGAGAUACGAGACCUACACAGAUAGGCGUAUGGUUUUUGUGAGUGAAAAAACCCAGCAUAGAUAAUGACAAUGCUCGACGCUCGCUGCAACUCGUCUGUUAGCUGAUUUUGGAAAAGACACUUUUAUCCGCUCGAGCGCAUUGUGCGUAAUCGAAAUCACGCAACCUUCGAAUUCAAACUCUGCUGCAGAAUAAUGCAGCAUUGUCAAUAGUCAACAGCUUUGAGCUAUCCAGCGUUACACCUAUCCCACCGUGCUGAUGUCUGCUAAUUCUGAUAUACGCUGAACUAUGCACUGCUUUGUGCUUAUCAAAAAUUACUGGUAUAGUUGCAGGAAACUGUGCUACAUCUAGCUACUUUUGUACAGAUUUUUUACUGUGUGCAAAUGUAAUCAACAACUCUGUGCUGCAUCUAAGCUACAGAUAAUAAUAUUUUUUUACUACAUUUUAUAAAAACUCUUCAUAUAUUACCAACUAAAAAUGUCUUCAGUAAACAGUGUUGAGUCUUUGGGAACUCUCCAGUGGGAUAUGAUUGAGUUAUCUGGUCAUUUACGCCAAGAAAGACUUUUUGUAAAUUCGGAGCAACAAACUUUACAGCAACUAAAUGAGAAAGUGCUAAGUUUGUCAUCAUCAUUAGCACAACAAGCAUGGAUAACAGCUCAACAAAGAGUCAAUUUAAACAGAUUAAUUUUGUCUAAACCUGAUUGUACCCCACAAAGUUGUUGCAAACGAUCAAAUGUGUUGGAAAAUUCGCAAUUCUUGAAUGCAAAUAAGCUUUUACGCUAUCAAUCAUGCAUAGCUUAUGGGGAAUUCUUAUGUCUCUUAAGAACUUCACCAAAACUUGUGGCUUCUUGUUUAGUUGAAGGAGAUAAAGUAGUACCAGAAAUGAUUGAAAAUGUAAUACAAUCAAUUGCAAGUGGACUUUAUGGUAGUUGCUUACUACCAGAAGACAAAAUUUUAGUUUUAAAACUUUUAAGGCACAUGAUUCUAUUACAAGUAGUUCCGUCAGAUAAUCCUAGGAGAGUACUGCGGCAUGGAACGUCUGCUUUUUCAAGAUUUUAUUCAAUAUUCCAUGAAAGUCUCUUCUCAGCCAAACUCUUUUUAACAGCUGCUUUAAAUGGACCAAUUAUUCAAUUAUUAAUGGAAGAUGAAGUGUUUCUUGAUAUUGAUCCAGACAAAAAUCCUAUUCGUUUUUCUCCUAGUGAAAAGCUAAAGAAAUUUGGCAAAGAAGGUACUCCAGAUUACCAAACGAAAGUACAACGACACAGACAGUGGAUAGUAAAUUCAUUGGUUCAAAUAACUCAAAAAUUCAUAGUGAGUAUUCGGGAGAAUAUGCACUGUUUUCCAACGUGCAUUUGUUGGUUGGUUCGACAAAUGGCUGGACUUUUAAGCAAAACUGGAAAUGUGGAUCCAAAAGAAAUUCAUGCUAUGUGCACCGAUCUUGUGUUCACUUAUUUCAUUUGUCCAGCUAUAGUUAAUCCAGAGCCUUACGGAAUAACCGACGCACCGAUAAGCUACAUUGCGCGCUUCAAUCUCAUGCAAGUCGGACAGAUACUGCAAAUGCUGUGUCUUAUGAAAUAUCAAACUGUUGAUUCAAAGGUGAAUGAUCUCUACCGACGUUUUGAAAAAGAUUCCGUCUCAUCGAUUCUUGACUCGAUGCUAGACGGGGCCGUCGACGAGCUUGACGAAGAACCAACCACCAUUGAGGCUAGCAAACUACAAGGUCUAGGACGAUCCGCGGCUUUAUUCACCGAAGCCGAACUAAACAAUCUAGUGACGUUUCUGCAGUCAGUGAACAGUGUUGCAACUUCGAGAGACGAAGGAGCCAGCGGCGAUGCUCCUAUCGUUGCCAAUCGCAUUUUCGAUCAAAAGCAGCUGGCCGAGAUGUUGUCUCAAUUACCCACGAGCGUUAACUCGGCGACCAUUGUGAACAACGUAUCGUCAAGCAAUGCAUCGCCCUGCGACACUCCGGUCAAGAGGAGUUCUUCCGCUGGAUUACUUGGCAAAGUAGGUCGAGGACGUGGAGCUCGAAUUUCUGGCAAACAUUCAAUAUCCGACAACGGAGAAGAUGCUAACGGAACUUCAGGGCCAGAAGAUGAUGGGUCGGAUAAGGCUCCCUUGACGGUAUUGAUCAUUCCUUUCGACUCCUCCAUCGGUGAAUCCGUCGGCUCACUCAGUGAGCAAAAGGUACUCUGUAUGCAGGGCAAUAUGGUAGACAAUGAAUCGAUAGCAAUAAAUCUACCCGAAGGAUUAGCUAAUGGUCACGGUCAAGGCCGAGAAAGUAACGUCGACAGAAUCGAGACGCAAGAAAAGCGAACUAGAUUUUCCUUGUCCCACGACGAAGUUUUAUUCGAAGGAUCGAUCGGUAAUACAUCGGAUAACUUGGAGGCGGUAUCCGAAGCUGCUUCGAAUCACAGCGUAGCUUCCUCCCUUGAGCUUGAAAACGAAGAUCAAAACGAUAACUUAUCGGACAUGGUAUCAGCGAAUGUAUCUGGCAGGGGGACACCGAAUAUUUCUGGUCGCGAUACACCCUCGUCUCAGUUGACCGAAGGCGACGAAGGUGGCCGCGUUGGCGGAGAAAAUCGUCAGCACGGCAUGCAACCGCAAAAUAUCCCGACGAAGCAGAGCCGCUCGGAUGUGGACGAUAAAUUUUGUAAAUUUGAGAUAAAAAAAUUGAUGGAAGGAGACGAAACCAUAUCGUUGGUGUCGGACACCUGGUCAACGGACGUACUGGCCUCGGACAGCGAAUUCAUUGAGCAACAGGAGCGUUUUCCAUUUUUACCGCAACAGGAGCAGCCGAGGCCACCUCCACCUCUGGUUCCCGAACCUUUGCAAGCGAAUUUGGAUGUCAGCGAAACUGCCUCGGAAGCUUGGAGUACCGACGUUUUAGCUAGCGAUUCCGAGCGCAUGACCGAAGUCGAUACAGAUGAUACUGCCAGCGUUGCAAGGUCCGACGAUACAGCGAGAUCUGAAAUAGAAAGUCGAGGAGAACCCGAGGGUGGAGAAGAUACGCCACCUCCCAUGCAAAUGAUGGACAACUCCGGCCAAUUUUUUAGACCGAUACGAGAAGAGGCUUUGAACCGUUCUACUGUACCUUCCUCACCGACGACACCCCUAUCACCAUCCUCGUCAAACGUAACUGGUCGUGGUGGUACGAGAUUAGACUACCGGCGCAGCACCAGUGACUAUGUUGAUAGUAAUUCCAGUAGCGUAAGAAUCGCAGCUAUCAACAAUAGUAGCAAACCAACUACUCCCGCGAAUAACGAAGAUCAUUUGGUGCAAUUGAUGGAUAAGCUGCAAACUGAUGAUUCCAAAUCGAGUACCAGCGAUAAUGUCGAGGUUGCCACGAGCAGUGGUGUGGCAAUGGCCAAUCAUAUUGGUGCCGCGGCUGUUGCGCCUGCUUUAUUGCUUGCUAAUCACAUCAAUCCGCCCACUCCAUCAGAAGGUCCUAAAUUAUCGAAUGGCGAUAUCAAAUCAGGUUUAGGAGAGUUGAUGAAUGGCAACGGGGACGUAGUGGUGCGUUUGAGCACUGCUAGCUUGACCUCGAGCAGUUCUUCAGGCUCGGAACCUCGAGCCGCCAAAACAACAUGCGCCAUAUCAAUACCGAGCAGCUGUAACAGCAGUAACAAAUCCGUUAGUAUGCCAACGUCUAGUACUCUUGGUGCCGACGUACCCGACGGAGUUGCUUCCGCAUCGGGGAGCGCCGUACAGAGUCCCAAACCAUCAACAGGAGCGAUUCCUAAAAGUAUAAGCUUCGACAUGACCGCUGAGAGAGGUGACAAAGAGAUGCUCGAUGACGAUCAAAAAAGUAAAAGAGGAGGCUUUUUUGGCAAGCUUAUGUCUUUGAGAAAUAGGCGUGGAAAGUCUCUCCGGGGUCCCGACGAAAUGACUAGAUGUUACGACCGAGGCAUGUCCGACAUGACUAGCGACGGUGUUUGCGGUGGUAGUGGUGAUGCCCGACUCAGACUGCGUAGGAUAGUAUCCGAAGAUACCACGUCAACGUGUAGCGCAAAUAGUGACACCACAGAUGACAUACUAGCAAAGUAUCGUAGAAAACCGAGUGCCAAUAGUGAUACAACGUCAAUUGAAAGUACACAAUCGCGAACUAAAGAAAUUGAAGACGAGCGGGUACUCAUCGAUCCGAACAAUGUCGAGAUGUCGUUCGCCUUCGCAGAUGCCAAAAGAAAAUUGCGUAUGGUACUCAGCACCGCUGACCUUCAACAUGUUCCAUGGACGAACAUGAACGAAAGAAAUUCGUGGACCCAGAAAGAGAACGAAUUGGUUGCCUUUCUUCAGCUGCAGCUAGCUGAGGCUAUAAACUUGCAAGACCGAGCCCUUAUAGCUCAUUUGCACGAGACGCUUCGAUGUGUUCGCUUGUUCAACGAGGAUGGUUGCAGAAAGUUGUUCAAAUCUCUCGGCGAUGAUUAUCAAAAGCGGUCACCAUAUAUCGCUUACUUGAUCAGAAGUCGACAAGGGUUACUCUCAACUCUCGCGCAUUUAGAUCGGCUUGGAGAACGUGUAAAAUGCGAUGGAGACGCUGUAAAUAGUCACUUAGUUUUAGUAUGUGUCAAAGUGUUCUUAGACAAGUGGGAUAAGAUUUUGCAAACAUUUUUCGAUCAGUUCAAAAAAUUAACCGUUUCCGAUGAGAAACAAGAUUUAGUCGAUGGCUUCUUAAAUAAUCUAUAUACUGAAAUGGAAAACGAUCUCAUUUGGCAAGUGGCGAACGAUAGACAACUGGAGCUAGCGCGUACAAUGGUAGAGCGAACUCUCAUGGCAAUGGUCUAUCAAAAUGCCAUGUAUCCCAAUGGGGACGGUGACAUCCAUCGGGAUAGUGUAUUUCACGAACACAUAAGAAAAUUAGCGAAAAUUGUUACGCCAAAUCAUCAAGCUUUGCGUAUACCCAAAAUCUAUCUGUACGAGUGUCCAUGGCCUUGGGCUCAAGUUGAAUUAUCGGUGAUUUCAGCGUAUAAGACGCCACAUGACAAGCUGCAAUGUGUCGUACGCUGCGCUACUACUAUUAUGAAUCUCCUGUCGAUGGCUUCGGAGCGAGGUAUACCCGCUGCUGAUGAUCUCAUUCCUGUGCUUGUCUACGUCAUUAUUAAAACGAAUCCACCAUCAUUACUGUCAACGAUACAAUACGUCAAUAGUUUUUAUGGUAAUAGAUUGAAAGGCGAAGAAGGCUACUGGUGGACGCAAUUCUGUUCUGCCGUGGAGUUCAUUAAAACAAUAGAUUAAUAUUUUUUAAAUGACUAUGUUUACUACAUAGGUGUAAAUUAAUUCCUGUGUACCAUUAAUAUUGUAGACAUGAGAAGAAAAAAGAGAUAUUCUUAGAUUAAAGUGCAAAAAUGGUAUAUUAGUAAUGUAGUUUUUGAAAAUUUGAAAACUUGUAUAAAAUACUGGCUAAGCAUUCACGAACAAAAUCUUUUUUGUUCAAAUAUAAAUUUUAUCGUUAUGAAACUCUAUUUAUAACAUCGAACAUCACCUUUAUCCUCCCACUUUUAUUUUAUGCUCAUGAGCAUUGAACUUGGAACAAAAUUAUUUUUAAUUACUCUACGCAAAAACGAAAUGAAUGGCAAUAAAUGUGCGAGGGUGCUAAGGAUAACAUUUUUUCUAUGAAAGUAGAAAAAAAAAGCUGAAAAAAAAUAUGAAACUUGAAUAUUAAUGAAGAUAAUAAUAAAGGAAACAAAAAAAUGCAACUUUAACUUAUUGAAUAAUUUCGUACUGCAAUCGAUCGUUUGAUGUCACACUACUUAUGCAGUAUACAGUUCUUUGUACGUUAAACUUAUUAUUAGGAAUAAAAAAUUUUAUUUGGUUGUUGCGUUAUUAAUUAGGUUUAUCUUUAGUGUAUGAUUGUUUUAAAGAAUUUAUUAUUUGAUAAACUUUGAUAAUAUAUUAUUAUCAUAACAUAAUAUUUUAUAAACGAUUAUUUAUGAAUGCUAUACGAUUUUGUUUUAUUUUUUACGUAUGUUACUGCAUUAUACAAUGGAAAUAUUGAAAUGUUAAUAUUGUUUUCAGUUCUGAAUAUACUACAAGCCAAUAAAUUAUUUUAACAUAUUAAAAAUCGAAUCAUAAAUCAUUUAGCAUUACAAAUUCCUUUAUACUCUUCUUAGUGCUGUAGAUUGAAAUAGCUCAUCUGAUGUGCGACAAAAGUUAAUUUCAGAUAAAAUCGCACCAAAUUAUAGAUAUUGCAAUAUGUUUCGAAAAAAAGUUUUCUACACAAUUGCAACAAAAGUCAUCCUGGCAUGUGGCGUGGUACGGAUAGCGGAAAGUUUUGUCUCCCUCGCAACUUUUAUUUGUAGUUUCAAAGAAUAAAGCAAAAUGAGUUUUUGAAAUUCUAUUCAACUUUCGUGAAGGCAGUUACCAUUUUUUCCCAAAUAAAUCGAUCGAAGUUAUGAAAUUAAAAAAAAAUUAUUAUCGCCGUUUCGUCAGCGGAUGUUGCGGCGUUACAGGAAAUACAGGUAAUACCAAUCGAUUCGUAUAUAUUCAAUAUCCAUUACGACUGUGUUUAUGUAUCUUAUGCUAAACAAGUCGGACGCCACACGACGAAUUAUUCUAUCACGCAAAUGAAAUGAGAUUGGUGAUUUAUUUUGUGCCGAAGAUUUUGAUUGAUAUAUUUUCAAUAUUGGAAAAGGAUAAUUUUAACGUCUUCGAAGAAGUUCAUUCCAAGAAAAAAAAGGUUGAAUUGUCAUCCUCUUGAUAUUAUUUCGUAUACAAAAAGAAACUGUACUAUCGUAAAAGAACACCGAGAAAAGUGAAAUAAUCCAGCUAAUUAUUUUAAACGAGGAAGCAAGUAAAGGCAAGCGAACGCAAUAAAAAGCAUUAAAAAUUAUUCAACUGCUGCACAAAUUAAUUGGAAAAAUAACUCGACUGUAAGUCAAAAGAAAAAUUGGCAGACCUGAGUUUAGUUGAUACUUCAAAGAAAAUUAGAUCGAUAGAUGUACAUCGUUGUUUUUAAAUCGAAUAGAAUGCCAUGUGCUUUAUUGAAAGAUUCAUCAUUCGCCAUAUACAUAAGUAAUAGUUAAUAAUCGCCGAAAUAUAUUUGAUAUUAGUUUGUUUGUUCUUUUUUAUUUAUUUAUUUAUUUAUUUAUAUGUAUAAAUGAGAGCGUUUACCCGCUGCAUUGGAGGAAAGAAAUACAAACAAUUCAUUGUCAUUGUUGACCUAAAAAUUUUACGAUACAUUUUUGUUCUUCAGCAUUUUAUCUUGUUAAGUCAUCUUUCAUUGUUUCUCUGUGCUAGCUAGGUCAUCUCGAUAAUACAUUAAUCUUAUCACUUGCAUUUUCUUAUUUUUCGCACUUUCUCUCUU